AUGGUUGAGGUUGAUAAAGAUCACUUUUUAGUUGCUUAUUGUGGAGGUACAGAAGAGGGAGCACGUAUUAUGAAAAUUUGGAUACAAACAUACAAAGAUGGUUAUUGGCAAUCACCUAUCAUUGUUGAUGAACAACCUAAUGCUCCUAUGUGGAACCCUGAACUAUUCAAACUAUCAUCAGAGGAGUUACUAUUGCUAUAUAAGAAAGUUGGAAUUCUUGGGGUGCCUGGAUGGAGGUAA